UCAACCCUCUGCAAAUUCACCACAUUCCGAUUAACAAAUCAUUGCUUCAAUGGAAAUUUUAUCAUCGGAUGAUGAAUCUGAUCACCAGAGUCACAGGUUUGAGGAUUAUAGUCUUAGUGCCGACGUUAGCGAAUCCGAGAGUUGUGGGGCUUCCUCUUUUGAUUCUCCGGUCGCUUCUACUUCUCGCAGUACUCCGCCAUUGGUAGGACCUCACUUCAAUUCCUACUUGCCGGUUCCUUCUCCGAUCAAACCGCCGCCCCUCGCUGGUGGAAACUACACCGGGAAAGCUCAGACCGAAAACCUUACCGAGGCUCAAUUGAUGAAAGAUCGAUUUUCUAAGCUGUUGCUUGGAGAAGAUAUGUCUGGAAGAGGAAAUGGUGUUUGUACUGCUCUUGCCAUCUCCAAUACAAUCACACGUCUUUCUGCUACUGUAUUUGGAGACCUGUGGAAAUUGGAACCCCUGAGUCCAGAGAGCAAGUCAAUGUGGAGAAAAGAGAUGGAAUGGGUUCUAUCAGUAAGUGAUUCCAUUGUUGAGCUUACUCCAUCAUUUCAAGAAUUCCCGAAUGGCGGAACCUUUGAGGUUAUGGUAACCCGACCCAGGUCCGAUUUGUAUGUAAAUCUUCCGCCACUCAGAAAGCUAGACGCGAUGCUAGUAAGCAUGCUGGAUGGUUUCCAUGAGUCAGAGUUUUGUUACGUUGAUCGCGGGUUGGUUGCUUCUGAUCGUGAUAGAAACGUUGAAAGAGUAUCCGAUAGCCCUUUGAUUCAGUAUGAAGAGAAAUGGUGGCUGCCAUUCCCAAAGGUUCCGGCUAAGGGACUGGCCGAAACUACCGUUAGGAGAUUGCAACAAUGCAGGGAUUGCGGCAAUCAAAUAUUCAAAGCUGCUGCUUCCAUCAAUGGCCAUGUGUUGUCCCAGAUGGAAGUUCCUAAAGCUUAUUUGGAGAGCUUACCUAAGAGUGCUAAAGCGUGUUUAGGCGAAACCCUCCAUCACUAUAUAACGACUGCACAGUUCUCACCCGAAUCCCUUCUAGAUUACCUGGAGAUGUCGUCGGAAUGCACCACUCUUCAGAUCGCAAACAGGAUCGAAGCAGCCAUGCAUAUUUGGACACAGAAAUCCUCAAAGCCUCAUGGAACCAGAAAGCUAUUAUGGAGCGGCAAUGGUAGCGAAAAAGAAAAAAGUACACUUCUGUCGGGCAGAGCCAACACCCUUUUGAAGAACUUAAAACACCAAUUCCCUGGCCUUCCACGAACCACGCUGGAUCUUGAUAAGAUUCAGUCUAACAAGGAUGUAGGACAAGCUAUUCUAGAGAGCUACUCUAGGGUGAUUGAAAGUUUAGCGUUCAACUUAAUGGCGAGGAUCGAUGAUCUGCUAUAUGUAGACGAUGCCACCAAGAAACGUGCUGCAGCCGAGGCUGGUUUUGCCGCUAGUCUUCAUGCUCAAAGGCCAACAUUGCACGGCUAUUCAUCGUCUUCCAUGGUAGCAGCAGGCACAGCGAUGAAUCGUUGGCCUUCGACAGUUAGGAGCCUAGAUAAAAGACGGUUUUCUUACAGUUCAACGAGUAAUAUCGAUUCAUUGGAAGAGGCUUUAGAAAGAUUAACGUUUAACUAACUAGUUAUUGAGGUUUUUGUAGAAUAUAUAUAUGUAUAU